AUGCCGUUUAUGCUAGGUCGACUCGGUCGCCUCGUCGUUUUUUGUUCCGCCGUCCUGAGCAGUCAGGGUCGCUGUCCUGAGCCGGACUUCGCGAACGAUGUUCUCGUCGUCCUUCGAACCGGUGCCACGGAAGCUUUAGAGAAGCUGCCGGUCCACUUCAACACGACCCUCCGCUGCGCCCCGAACUACGUUAUCUAUUCCGACCUGGAGGAGGACAUUCAAGGGUACCAUAUAUACGAUGUGCUCGACGAGGUAGAAGAUGGGACGAAGAACAAUAUCGAGGACUUCGAAAUUUACAGGCAUUUGCAUGAGCAAGGACGCCAGGGGUUGGAUGAAGAGGCAUUGUCGAGAAUAUCUGCUCCUAAUGGUGCUGGGAAUACGGACAAUCCAGGAUGGAGGCUAGACAAGUGGAAAUUUCUCCCAAUGGUCUCGAAGGCGUUGAAUCACGACCCGGACGCCAAAUGGUUCGUGUUUCUCGAACCCGAUACGUAUAUAAUCUGGUCGAAUCUCCUCGAGUACCUCACCCACCUCGAUGCCUCCAAACCAUACUAUCUGGGACGGCACAUGUACAUUGGAGAUACCAUAUUCGGCUACGGAGGUGCAGGAUUCGCGAUCUCGAACCCGGCUAUGCGCAUGGUCACACAACAUUGGACGGACCAUAUGAUAGAGUACAACGAUCUAAUUGAGGUCCAUUGGGCCGGCGAUUGCGUGCUGGGGAAAACUUUAAUGGACGCCGGCGUCCCAUUAACAUAUGCUUGGCCUCAUUUUCAGGACAUGCGGCCGUCUACCUUCGAUCACGCGACCUGGAAAACGCACAGAGUUGCUUGGUGCUUUCCGGCCGUAACAUAUCAUCACGUCCCAGCGGAGGAAGCCUUAACCUUUGCAGCUUUUGAGAACAAUUGGUUCCGUGAGCACAACGGCCCUAUCCGGCAUCGCGAUGUCUUCCGUCAUUACAUCCUACCCCAGCUACGUAACGAGAAAGAGAACUGGGACAAUCUCGCGAACGAUGUCGUGUACGUUGGGGAUACCAAGAUACCCAACGGAAAGGAUCCUCGAAAGAUGAAAGGCCAAAUUGAGCGUGAUGCCCCGAAGUCCUUCGAGUCAUGCCGCGCUCUCUGCCAAAGUCAAAAGAGCUGCCUCCAGUUUAAAUACACUGACGGCAAGUGUUUCGUUUCAAAAUACGCCCUCCUUGGCCAGAAAACCGCCGCCGAAUCUGGAGAGCUUGAGGUGAAGUCCGGGUGGAUGUUCGAGAGGGCAAAGACCUGGGCCGACAAGAUGGAUCGAACGUGUGGGCAUAAGCUUUGGUUUGCGCCCUGAGCGAUAUUGAAGACAUUCCCCGUUGCCCAUUGGGUUCUAAGUACGGAUUCGAAUGUGCAGUUGUCAUUUUGUAUUAGUAUUUGACCGCCUUUAUACCCGCUAGAACAGACAAGUUCGAGAUUUGAGUCAUCCCACGGACUCUGGGAAAAGAGGCACCGCAAGAGCCAUCAGUACCGCUUCGAUACUCGCACUUCCAGCUUAUCGGUCUUGUACAGCGUGUAGCUCCAUCCCCCCUGUGGAUCGUCCAAUUCCAACCGGAAG